GGUGCGACCACGGUUCGUGUCGAUUGCGAAUUCGCAGCCCGGCGCUCCGUAGCCAUUGUCGGAUUGGAUCGGAGAGGGUCUUGCAAUCGCUUGGCGGCGAUUUCGAAUUUGGAAGCAGUCGCGCCCGAAACGUCGCCGCGAACGCAACGAUCGGUUAACGGUAAAGUUAUAGAAGGCGCCUCAUUGAACGCUAGUAGGGGAUAGUCCAGGAUGGAUCCCGAGUUUGUGAACAAAUACAAUCAGGUUCUGAGCCGGCUGAAGCUGGUGGAAAACUUCGAUGGCAGUGAUCCUGGCAAGCUGCCGCAGUUUCUCCACAAAAUCGAGGCUCUCAUGCCGGCCAUAAACAGUUUCGAUGACUAUUACAAGGCUCAGUUGAUAGGACAUAUCAAAAAUAAGUGCACAGAACGAGCGAGGGAGGCGGUCUUCACGCGACAAAUGAGCGCUCCUGUGGGCAAUGGCAAUGGAGCCGGGAAUGGCCACCUCCUGAAGGCCGAGUCCUGGCUGAAACUCAAGGAUCAACUGCUGUACAACUAUGCGGAGAGGGAGUCCAGCUAUUCGUUGAUACACAAGAUACGGAGCGCUGUUUUGGACUCAAACAUAGAGCUGUAUUACCAGAAGAUGGCCAAGCUCAAGCACAGACUGAUCAAUAGAAAGCUAACCCACAAUGACACCCUGUAUAGUCUCGAGGACAUCGAGCGCAUCACCCUGCAGGUUUUCAGGGAUCACCUGCCCGAGCCCACACACUCGAUGAUCCUGCGGCGGAAUCCCAAGAGCAUGGAGGAGGCCUAUCGCUACAUAGUGGAGGUGCAGCAGCAGUUUUACACACAGAGCGGAUCUCUGGCCAGUGACCACCAGGCGGCCACCUUCAGCACCAGCCACAAGCAGCAGUCCUACGGAGUGGGAAUGGGCGGAGUGGGUGUGAGCACCGUGGGAGUGGGCGUGGGCAUGGGCAUGGGAAUGGGCGCCGUGGGCCUGGGACUCUCCUCCUACGUCCGCCAAAUGUCCAACGACAAGGGCCAGCAGAACAGCACCAAGAGCUACUAUAACCAGUCGGCUCCUCCCGUGGGCGCCGGCAAGAAUCAUCCCAUGUUCAAGAGCAUGGGCAACCCCACCUUCAAGUCCAGCUUCAGCUACAAUGGCACCAGCAACAACUCCGGCAUGGGAUCGAAUUACUCGAGUGGCAAGAAGUCGGACAUCAAACAGAACUACCAGCAGCAGAAGAGCCAGAACUACUCGAAGACCUCAUCGGCGAGUGCUUGGAAAAAGUAGUGGACAUGGAUAGACAUGGAUAGAUCUCCCUCCCAAUCGAUGAGUGAUCCAGUGAGAUAGGCGAAUCGAGCAUGACCUAACCCCUUGGAGCCUGUGACUAAGCCAAGGCAAAGUGCUUGCCACCUCAUGCUAAUUACCCAGAUACCUCACCCUCUAAUGGUGAUGAUGUGGCCGAAGAUUAUAGGAUGUGAAUAUAGAUUAAAGUGAUGUGAGCACUACUGGGAGCAACGAGAUGGAGCUGAUCUGCCCUGUUCCCCGAUAACCAUAGCAAAUCUAUCUAUCAGUACAACUAAGAUGAUAAUGAUGUGAAUGUUUAAAUAAAACAAAUAAUACAACUGUUAAUAUUAUAAGUAACAAUGCUGCAAUUUAAAUACCUCCACGGAUUAAGCGUACUAGAUUGCACAUGCAAAUAAAACUAACCGAAACAAACCAUACAGAUGAAGACAAUAGAAAUAGAAAGUAGGGGCAUUGCGAUAAUAGAACGUGUGCAUAUGGAACCGAGCAAUGAACUAUCAAUUAAAACGCAAAAGAACUAAAAGUAUAUGAUGUGGAAGUAUUAUGAAUCGCUAAUUCGAGAUGAUAGCAAUGAUCUUGUCGAAAUACCAGAUAAUGAAGCCGAUCGAGAUAAUUGAGUGCAUGAUGUUCGAUCUUCCAUAAUGAUGACAUCGAUCGCGUGUCCAUCGAUGAUGAUCAAACUGCAGACAGUAUCGACAUGUUAAUUAUUAGCUCAUAAGACCCGAGUGUACAUAGCCCCACACCUCAACCGCAGCCCCAGUCACAUAACCCCCUAUAUCUCCCGCAAAUCGACUAUUUUUAACAACAAU